AAUGAAAAUGUAUUAUUCUGUUUAUUUGCUAUCAACGAUAAACAAUCAAUUCAACAACAACAAAAAUGGCCCCACCAAGCACUGGUAAAGCUGUCAAAAAAUCUGGCAAAGCUCAAAAAUCUGUCCGAGCCACCGACAAAAAAAAGAGACAUCGUCGUCGUAAAGAAUCUUUCUCCAUCUACAUCUACAAGGUGUUGAAACAAGUCCAUCCGGAUACUGGUAUUUCAUCGAAAGCAAUGUCAAUCAUGAAUUCAUUCGUGAAUGAUAUUUUCGAACGUAUUGCUGCCGAAUCAUCACGUUUGUCUCAUUACAACAAACGUACAACCAUUACAUCGAGAGAAGUACAAACGGCUGUCCGACUUUUGUUACCUGGUGAAUUGGCUAAACAUGCUGUAUCUGAAGGUACCAAAGCUGUUACCAAAUACACAUCGAGCAAAUAGAUUUCCAUCAUCAUCAUCAUCAAUAUUCAUAUAUUUAAAACGGUCCUUUUCA